UCUUAGCUUUCUACACUGAGCAGGUUUAAUCGACAUGUUCUAACCCAAUGAGCAUGCUGAAAUUUAAAUAUGUACAUGCAUAUUAUUAACUGGUUGAGGUAUUUGCUGUCUGUAAAGUUUUGCAUUCGUCAUGGCGUCGAAAGAAUCCUCUUGCGUCAUUUUUGUCUGUCUCUUUAGUUUGGGAAGUGCUACGUACUGUAGUGACUCGAGCGAUUGUGUGUUGAGUGAAACCUGUUGUUCAGAUAACGUCUGUAGAGACAAUUGUUACUACUGCACGUACAACUAUCAAUGUGGUACAGGCGAAGAAUGUUGUAAUCACGAAUGCACCUAUUCAUGUGUUUCGCAUGCUGGAUCCAUUGCAGGCGGUAUCAUUGGUACAAUAAUUUUCUUCGCCAUAAUCAUUUCCAUUGCAUCCUGCUGCUGCUGUGCUUGUUGCCCAUACUACCGCUAUCGUACAGCCGGCACUGUGGUCGUCACCCCACAGCUUUAUCAACCGUACGUAUCAAAUCAUACCCAUAUGAUAAUGACACAGCAAAUACAAGCUCCUCCGCCGGUCAACUACAAUCAGCCACUUCCAGGUUACCUACAGCCUCCUUCGGGACACAAUCAGCCUCCUCCGCCUUACCCAAGCUACCCUCCGCCUUCAACUCAGCAUCCCCCUCCUCAAGGAUAAGCUCAAGCCGGUGCGAUGCCUCCCGCUGUCGGCGCUGCUCAGCCGGUGAAACACUGACCGAUUGUACGAGACAACCAAGUACGCCUGCUUUUUUUACGAACGAAACAAGACACUUAAUUCCUCUAAAAACCUCGGUUUCACUGAAGAGCAACACGCCUGUUGUUUAUUAGUACUAAGUUAAGCACUUCGAUAAUAAGUAGUAGAGUUUUUAAACUUUUGUCAGAUUUUUCAAAACUUGUGGCAUACCGCAAAUAAUUUAUGGUGAAUAUGGUUCAGCCCUGUUAUCUAAGCUUCCUAUUUGUGUAUUAUGCAAAUUUAUAUUGGCGUGUUGAAUUAAUAACGCAUUUUCCACAACCGUGAAAUGACGUUGGAUCACGGCUGGUAAUCACUGCUCGCCACUGCAGCACAACUCGUGGACACAGGACUGUCCUCGUUUCUUUGGCUUUUUUUAGGCCUUAACUGCAUUGCAGUCUUUAUGAAAUUCAAAGCCGUAAUUCCAUUUUUAUUGAAUAUUUUCUACACUUUUCAUGCGGUGGAAAACCAAGAAUUAAUUUAAAAGAGCAUAAGAUACAACAGCACAUAAAAUAUGGAUACUGUUGUGAGGGUGAAAGGAUUAGUAACCAACUGAUUUUCCUUCAGCCAUUCAUUAAAGCUAAAAUGAAACUGAA